AAGAAUAUGCGCAGGAACCUCUAGGCAACCUCGAGGUGUUUUGUUUACUGCCAUUACUAGCCUGCCUGUGGGACUGGGGUAGGUUGCUAGGCGACCAGAGAAGCUCUGUGUAUGCAAGUGUGUAGCUAUGCGUUCUCGCUAAAGACAGUCAAAUAUCCUGUAGUUAAUAACGAAAAGUCCGUCUCCCUGAAAGUUUUGUGUUUUAUGAUGUAUGUAAAUUAAUCCUGGGUUGUGUGUUUAAACAACACUCAGAAAAUGCCGGGUCCCUUUGAGUUUGAAGGCAUAAAACCUUCCCUUCGUGACGGGGCGGACCUGCAGCGGAAAAUCCAGCUACUUGAGGGAGACAGAAGUGCGUACUACGAGAGCUCGCAGUCCGCGAUUAAGAAAAACAAGGAUGUCAUUCUGCAGCUCCGACAAGAGAACAAGCGGCUGCAUAAGAAGUUGGCCGACGCCCUCACUGGGGACGAGCAGGUGAUAAAGGAUGCUUUCCAGAGCCGAGGGAUGGAGAUCGCUCCUUUCAGGAACAAGUCUGGGAAGGCGGCUCUUCAGAUCCUGGACCAGAAAGUGUGCGACAGGAUGAAGAAGCUGAACGCCCUGCGGCACAGCGCGGAGACUCGCCGGCGCCGCCUGGAGGAGCUGCAGCAGCAGUACGACAGCAUUCAGGCCCAGGCCCAGGCCCCGCAGCCAGACGCCACGCGGCGGGAGGAGGACGCACAGAACCUACGCGUGCUGGAGAAUCGGCUGGAGAAGGCCCAGCUCAAGUGCCAGGAAGCUGAACACAUCAUGCGGAGCUACUUAAAACUGAAGGCUCACCUGCAGGACGAGAGCCUGACCUUCCAGUCCCAGCUGGACCGGCUGGAGGCGGAGAUCCUGAGGCAGAGGCAGGAGCUGCAGGACCUGCAGGUGAUGAAGAACGACGCCAACCUGUCCAAGGACGUGGCCAGGGCGGAACUGCAGCGGCAGGAGGAGUUGGUGUACAAGGAGCGCAGGGAGAGGGACGGGAUCCUGGCCUGCUACAAGAAGCAGGCAGAAGAGCUGAAGGCUCACAGCGAGAGGCUGGAGAGGAGAGCCCAGCGCACAGCGAUGCACCCGGAUGAGCUGAGCAGUGAGGCCCAGCGCAGUGCCGCUGCCGUGGCUGAGGAGGACAAGGUCAUACACACCUUCGAGGAGGCCUUCCACCGCAUCAAAGAAGCCACCGGAGUCACCGACACACACGAGGUGGUGGAGAGGUUCAUCUCUCAGGGGGACACUCAGAAGCACCUGGAGAAGCUGAAGGAGGAGAACGAGCGCACGCUGGUGCAGCUGAAGGAGGAGAGAGACCAGCUGCAGGCCCAGUUCCAGGAGCUCAAGUACUCUGGGGAGGCCAAGCUGUCCAGUGGGCAGCAGAUGGUGGAGGAGUGCGAGGGCCACCUGCAGAGGGAGCAGGAGAAGCGGGACGAGGCCAGCGAGAGGCUGGAGGCGCUCACCCGCACCCUCAACGCCGUGCGCGCCGGGGUCGAUCACCUCAGCGACAAGCUGCAGCACAUCAAAAUGAAAGGGAAGCCCUCGAAAACUCAGGUGUCCCCCAGCUCGGACGAGUACGCGCUGGAGCUGCUGACGCAGUCGGAGCUGAGGCUGGCGUCUCUGGUGGACCUGCUGCAGGGCAAAGACCUGGCCGCCGUCCUGAAGGAGAUGGAGGAGGAGGAGUUCCAGACCAGCAUCGAGGGAAAGCUGCCGCAGUACAACAUGCGCAUCCAGCUGCCCGAAGCGCAGAAGCAGGGCCCGUACGACGAAGAAGAAGAGAGCGGGGACGACGAGGGUGACAUCAUCACCCGGGCCGCCCUGAAACGCCAGUCCCAGAUCAUCAUAGACUCCAAGACCAAGAGGAAGACGCGCACCAAGAAGAAGAAGGGCAAGCCCUGAGCCGCUCCCGGGACGCUCCGUGGCUGGGCGUGUGGAGGGCCUGUGUGAGGAGAGCUCAGACACGUUCCUGAUAUUUAACUAAUUACAGGCUCUGGUUCAAAUCAGGGAUUGAAACAAUUUUUGUCAGUUGUAUGUGGUGUUUGAAUUAUUUCAGGGUUUAUUUCAGCAGGUUCAGUGGGGCACCCUUUUUGAGCUGGUGAGGCAGGGGACUUACCUACAUUGUUUAGGUACGGGUCGACCUCAUGCGCAGGAUGGAGCAAGCACAAGGCAGAUGGCCCACCAAACACAUUCGGAAUGGGAGUGUUCUUGUAAGGCUUGUGCGAAUUAGUAGUGUAGCAGUGAACCUUAUUUUAUUAUCUUUUUUUCUUACAAGAAUCUUCUUCAAUUUUCUUUUGUAGAUUUGACCCCUUUAAUGAUAGAAAAGGAAGGAAGGUGAGGGGAAGGAAUUAAAAUACUGAAACAGGUAUUACGCAAUUCGGUGAAAUCCCACUCCCCUUAGGUCCGCAUAUACAGAGAUUAAAAUUGUUACGGCCAGAUUACACGGAAGAACCAAACUCACCUUUCCAUGACAUGAGCCAUUGUUAGUCUGAAGGUGCAGUCUGACAAGCCGCUUCACUUUGUAUGACAUUCUAUUCAUACCUGAAACCUUAGUGGACUGCUGUCAGUAAGGCAGAGCUUGCUGUGGCUCUCUAGAGAGCUAUUCAUAUCUCUUCCAAAUAAACGCUAAUUCAUUGAUUGUAUGGUUGAACUAUUAAUAAUCUCUCUUCUAAAUAAAAACACAUGAUUUGAUUGCA